AUGUCCACAAAGCAAAAUGUACCAGAGCAUAUGCGCUGGUAUGUGGUCGGUGCGCAUCUAGCCGGCGCUGUCGAUAGUCAAAUUGUCGAAAUGACAGACUUGACAAAAGGCAGCAUUCGUCAAAUCAUUCAAAACUUCAAACGUACCGGCUCACCUUCCAUAGCACGACUAGCACCUCCCGAUGAUCCACACUAUGCAGUUAUUGCGGAGACUGCACUCGACAACAGCAGCAAUACCGCCGCCGACACCGAACAACAGGACCACAAAUCCAAACGACGAAGGGUGGGAGCACGGAGAUUCACUGCGAAUCAAGUGGUACAACAUAUCCUGGACGAGUCCGAGAAGAAUGGUGCGGCAAAGCCUAGUCAUGGUACUGCUACGACAAAAUCUACAAAAUCAACAGGAAAGAAAACGAAAAAAGAGUGGACACGCGAAGACGAUUCAAUAUUGCUACAACAUGCUUGGACACGGUUCCCUCGAGCUGGUGGCCGAUGGCAUGAAGCGGAAACCAAAAUGGAGAAAAGACAUACGGCCAAGGAGUGUCAGGACCGUUGGGAUGUUGUACGACCGAUAAUGAUGGAUGCUAUUAAUCGCUACGGAACUGAAGGAUGGUAG